AUGUACUCGCCCAUUCCCAGCAAUAUUGACGUCGCAUUGAUUAGUCCGUUCAAAGGUGAACAUAUUGGAUCGAUCUUGCGUCCGCAUGCCUUGAUUGAGGCGCGAAAAUCACAUGACGCAGGCGAGCUAUCGUCGGAGGCCCUGAAACAACUCGAGGACAGCUGCAUCGCUAAUGUGGUCAAGUUCCAGCGGGAUCUCGGAUUUCGGGCGGUCACGGAUGGAGAGUACAGAAGACACAUGUUCUUCAACGGGUUCUAUGAUAACCUUGAAGGUAUCACGUAUGUCCCUGAACCCAAGCUGGACAUCUUCGCCGCAUAUCUCCCCUACGUUGACAAAGUCCGUGCUAAAGGGUUCAGUCAGCCAACAUACAUUGCUACUGGGAAGAUCAGACGCACCAAACCAUGCUACGUGCCGUGGUUCGAGUACUUGGCGAAACAGGUCCCGGCUGAAGAGAUCAAGCACGUCAAGAUGAAUAUGGCUUCCCCCGAGUGGUAUCACUUCCGGCACAUGUCGCAACACGCGUACACGUCCGAAGCGUAUGCAUCCGACGACGAGUACUUUGCCGACAUAGCGACGGCCUUUCGCGCUGAACUGGCAGACCUGUAUGCCGCAGGUUGCAGGAAUGUCCAAAUCGACGGGCCCGUCUUAACCUUCUUCUGUUCGCCCGGCAUAACCAGCAAGAUGCGAGAGAUGGGUCUGGAUCCAGAUUCGCUUCUUGAUCGUUAUAUCGCGCUGUACAACGACUGCUUGAAAGAUCGAAAGCCGGAUAUGAAGAUCGGAUGGCAUCUCUGCAGGGGCAACUUCAAGGGCGGGAUACAUUAUGCGGAAGGCGGGUAUGACCCGAUUGCCGAGAAGGUUUUCGGAAAGAUUGAUGUUGAUGUCUUCUACUUGGAGUAUGAUACUCCUCGUACCGGCACCUUCGAUCCUCUGCGCUUCGUUCCAACAAACAAAGGAGUUGUCCUUGGUCUAAUAUCUUCUAAAGAUCCUGAGCUGGAGGAUCCGGACUAUAUAAUAGCACGCAUGAAAGAGGCUGCCGCAGCGAUGGGUGACCUGGAGAUGAAGAGGAUCAGUGUCAGCCUUCAAUGUGGGUUUGCAAGUCAUUUUGAGGGGAAUAAUAUUUCGUGGGAGGAGAUGGAGGCAAAGUUGAAAUUGGUGAUUCAGGUCGCGAAGAAGGUGUGGGGCACAAUCUAG